UGAAGGCAUGCACUGCUUGAGCACAACAGCAGUCGUAUUAUGUGUUUGUGUUGUGAAUGAGUGACUUGAAUGUUGUUGCGAUCCAUCUUUGAUUCAACUGAUCCUCUGAUCCGCUGCUCAUCACUAGACUGUACACCACAUCACAGACAGAGCAGACCAGACCAGACACGACCACUGCUGGCCAUCCCAGACAUGUGUUGCUAACGCCCGACCACUGACCAGAUCUGCCACCAAAUGCUUUGAUGAGUGUUUGUAUGCAUUGAAUCCAAAUCUCAUCAAUGAAUCCAUUCAAUCGAUAAUCACAUCCAAAGACACACUAUUACUAUAAACGCAACCCUUUUGUGAUCUCUUGUAAAAUAGUUGUAAAAUAUAAGUAAAUUUAUUUAAUAUAAAUAUAAUUAUAGUUAAUAUAAAUCUAAGGCUUAAAGAGAGAAAUCAAUCGCUUUUUUGUUAUUCAAUUGUGAUCUCCUUUUUGUGAACAAAUAUUUUUGUCUCCGAUUUUUGGGUUUUGAAUUGAUUUGAGAUUUGAUUACAAAUAUGAUGUCAAUCGCAGCACUCAUUCAGGCAGCAGAAUAUCUGGAUCGCAGAGAAAGAGAGGCAGAACACGGAUAUGCGUCUACUCUUCCUCUUCCACAUGAUCUCAGUCUGAGUCGUCGUCGGACUAAAUCCAAGAAAUCUCAGGGAAACAGACGGGCCCAUUUGCGCAAUUGUUUGGAGAAACUAAAGGAAAUGGUACCUUUAGGGCCAGAGUCGAGUCGACACACAACUCUUGGUCUCCUAACCAAAGCCAAGUCCUUCAUUCGAAAUUUGGAGGAAAAGGAUCGCAAACAUCAAACAACUAAAGAGCAGUUGCUUCGGGAGCAGAAGUAUCUGCGGAGACGAUUAGAUCAGUUACAAGAAAUUGAUUUCAAGGAUUCAAUGCACAAACGGAGAAGUAUUAGUGAAUGCAGUUCUGGAAUGUCGUCCAUUUCAUCCAACUCUGAACCAGAGACUACUGAAACAACCGAUGCGUACGAGACUUCUGAAAGUGGUAAGAAUAUCAAUGGAAACCUUUGUCUUUGUCGACCACUGUUCCCGAGAUUCACUCAAAACCAGUCUCUCAGUGUCUGUGCCUCUCGUCCUAUCAGAUGAACAAAAGCCAUACAAACUAUUAAUAUUGCUAUUAUUGUUAAGUUAUUGAGAUUUUUAUUUUGUUUUCAUAUUUGACACCAAAUUAUUUAUUUAAUUGAAAAAAUUAUUUAUUGAAAAGAUUUCAUGCAUUUUAUAUAUUAACUAAUUAUUUAGUUUUUAAAAUAUAAUAAAAAAAAAGUUUAAUAUAAAAA